GAGAUAUAUUAGUUAUAGCACGCCCUUUCAGAAGUUAGUAAUGCGUUGUUAUAUAUUGUCAAUAAAUCUUUCCCAAGCUUGAUCUCAGUCACAACUAUGGAUCUGGGACAGCCUGUAGAGGAAAACUACGCUAAUCCAAACACUUGCUUAUUUCAUGUUCUCUUCAAGGCUGCGGCUUUGGCAUUUUACAUUCUCUCUACCCUCUUUAUUGAUAACUUUGUCAUCAUUUUCGUGAUUACUGUCCUUCUAGCCGCUCUUGAUUUUUGGGUAGUCAAGAAUGUGAGUGGGAGAAUUUUAGUUGGUUUACGGUGGUGGAAUGAAAUAAAUGAUCUGGGUGAGAGUGUUUGGAGAUUUGAGUGUCUUGAUCAAGAGUCAUUGGCCCGGAUCAACAAGAAAGAUUCAUGGCUUUUCUGGUGGACACUUUACCUUACAGCAGUUGCGUGGACCCUGAUGGCAAUAUUCUCACUAAUAAAGCUGCAAGCUGAUUACCUCCUAGUUGUUGGAGUUUGUUUAACCCUUAGUGUUGCAAAUAUUAUUGGUUUUACCAAAUGCCAAAAAGAUGCUAAGAAACGGAUUCAACAAUUUGCCACCCAAACAAUUGCCUCACGGGUCACAUCUACAUUACAAUCAGCAUUCAGUGUUGUUUGAGGAAUCUUUUACCCCUACGUCAGUUGCAGAGGAAAUUCUUAUCCCAAAAUCACAUAUGAUGAAUUGAGGAUGACUUUAUGUAGAAUGUAUGGAUUUAAGGAACUCCCUGUUCUCCAAGGAAAAGUAUAGACUACUUAGAGUAAUAAAGAGUCUGAAAGAGGAGAGGUAGCCCUCGCCCAGUCCAGCAACCAGCUAAAUGACUCAAUGGCUAGAGUAUUAGGUAAAUUGCAUUGACUGUAUGCCAGCACAUGCAAAAUUUUGUACCUUCCACUGUAGUGGCUAUGACUAUUAUUGUCGAAUCACAUGCCAAAAUAAUUACUUUUCCAACUGCAAAUCAUGCUUUUUCUUAGUUACUUUUUUGCAUUCAAGUUUUAGGAAUAACGUUUUUUAUUACUCUAUCUCUGUAUCCAUUGUAUCAUUUAUGUUAUA